UUGGUCCAUCGCAUCCAGGUGACGCCAUGGCACAAAUGCACGUGGACACACAGAGCGUGCAGAGUGGGGCGGGGCCCGAGGAGGAGGGCGGGGCCAGACGGGUCAGUGAGUACUGUAAAGAUCAGCUGACGAGAGGACGAGAGGAGCUGAGUUUCGAGGAGCUGCGAGCAGAACGCUACUUCCUGCAGAGACAGAAGAACGAUGAGGAGCGACUGCAGACUCUGACCGAGAUGAAGGAGAAGCUGAGUCAUGAGCUCGAGGAGAAGAGGAAACUUUUACUCUGGAGAGAAUCACAACAAGUUCUUCAGACGCCAGGUUCUCGACCUCCGGCUGUUUCCUCCGAGCCCAGACCAGAUUGUCCUGGAGGAACGAGCGGAGACCUCCAUCAGUCCUCCGUCCCUCAAGAGCCAGGCUCCUCCUCCACAAGUCAGCUGAGUCCCAUACAGGAGACCAGUGUGGAGGCUGGAGCCUGGAGUCUACUGGAGGACCAGGACCAGAGCCAGGACCAGAGCCAGGACCAGAGCCAGGACCAGGACCAGAGGCAGGACCAGAGGCAGGACCAGAACCAGAGCCAGGACCAGAGCCAGGAUCAGAGCCAGGACCAGAGCCAGAGCCAGGUCCAGAGCCAGGACCAGAGCCAGGACCAGAGCCAGAGCCAGGACCAGAGGCAGGACCAGAGCCAGGACCAGAACCAGAGCCAGGACCAGAGCCAGGACCAGAGCCAGGACCAGAGCCAGGACCAGAGCCAGGACCAGAGCCAGGACCAGAGCCAGGACCAGGAGGAGGUGGAACCUGGACCAGUGGGGGGGGCUGUGGAUGCCUGUGACCCAGAGGCUCGGCAGCAGCUGUUGGACAUCUGUGAUGUCACUUCCUCUCCUGGUUUUCAUUGCGAGUCUGGGCCCCUCCCUCCUGUGGACAGCUUUCUGCAGCUGGGAGGCGACAUUUAUCUCAUCUACUCCAAAGUAGUAGAUGAGGAAAUGUUCUCCAUUCAUAACGGAGCCACGAAUGACGACAACGUUCUCAUUAAGGUGGAGCGUGGUCGUGUUCCGUGGGAUUUUCAUCAGUUUGGUCGACUGAAGGAAAAGUCGUCGGUGGACGGUCUCCCUCGGAUCAGCUGCUUCCUGUUCCUGGACGGCUGCAUCACCGUCUACACCAGUCCACCUGAACACGUGUUCAUCGAGCUGACGGAGAGUCAGGACUCGGCCGUUCGUAAAGCUCUCCUCCUGCUGCAGCUGGUGACGGAGCUUCACGCUCGCCACGUGCUUCAUGCGGCGCUGCGGCCGAGCAUCCUCUUCGCCUCGUAUCGAGGUCUGAUGAACCUGGAGCGGGUCUUCCCGGUGGACUGGUCUUCCUCCGUGGACCUGGCCGUGCAGCAGGAAGUGACCUCGGCACAGCAGCUGGCGUCCGCUCACUCUUACAUCAGAGUCGGUCUCUUGGAGCCGACGUCGCCGCCACAGCUGGUGGACCUGGUGGGCGUGGCUGAAACCGUCCACGUCCUGCUGACCAGCAGCAGGAUGGUCCCGGUGAGAGACGACCACGGUUGGACGGCCGACGGCUUCAGCCAAGACAAGUCCUGCGACAUGUUUCCGGGGACUCGGACAAUGUGGAAGGCGUGGCGCCGGUUCUUCCGCUCGCUGCUGAACGCCGGCGGUCGCUGCUCGACGUCCGUCCUGUCGGACGUGACCGAGCAGCUGUCACUUCUUUAA